AGGUGUUGCCACCGAAAGAUGAUGAACACCUUCCGGCGAUUCUAUCGGCGUCUCAAGUCUUCGGUGGUGUGUGUCGUUGUAUACAUCGUCGUAAUUAACAUCGUGUGCCUGUACUAUCUGUCUCGGUCUCCGUCGCCGUGGAUUUCCCAUCAUGGACCGUUCUUUCUAGCUCACCUGCGACGCGGGAGCUACACGUGCAAGACGAUUGGGUUUUCCCCCACCCCGAUGCCGUUAACUGCUCUGGCUAGUUUCCCUGGGUCGGGCAACACGUGGUUGAGGCACCUCGUGCAACAGGCUACAGGCAUCGCAACCGGCAGCGUGUACAAUGACGUCACACUGAAGCAGCAUGGUUUCCCCGGGAAGGGGGUGAGAGACGGCCGAGUGGUGAUGGUGAAGACCCACGAGUGGGGGAGUGAACAUCGCCGGGCGUUCUCUCGUGCCGUGCUCCUCAUCCGGGACCCCUUCGACUCCCUCCUGGCGGAGUUCAACCGGCGUAAUGGGGGUCACAGAGGUCAUGCCCUUCCACAUGACUUUGCCAAAGGCUGGCAAACGUACGUCUCUCUCCAGUCACGUGGGUGGGUGGACAUGAACACUGAUUGGCUGAAAUUCGAUGGGCCACUCCUCAUUAUGCAGUACCGAGACCUCCAGACCAACAUGCUCAAUGAAACCAGAAGGCUGUUCAACUUCCUGGACAUGCGCGUCAGUGACCCGGAACUUGUAUGCAUGGUAUCCAACGCGCACGGCAAAUUCAAACGACCAAAGAUUCAGGUGUCAUCUCAAGUAUACUCCUCCUUCAUGCGAUCGACAAUCGGAAAUUAUAUACAGAAUGUAACCAAGGAAAUACAAAACUAUUAUAAACUACGAAAAAGUUAAUGUCAAUGUCAAUAAAAUAUUUUGUAUUUUUUCA